GUUGUAAUUAUUGCAUCAAUGGUACAUAAAGAUCCACGAUACUGGCCAGACCCAGAAGUAUUUAAGCCAGAACGAUUUAUCGGUAGCCAACUCAGACAUCCGUUUUCAUACAUUCCUUUCUCUGCUGGACCUAGAAAUUGCAUCGGACAAAGAUUCGCACUCAUGGAAGAAAAAUGCAUCUUGGCACUGUUGAUGCGAAAUUUGAAGGUGAAAUCGCAAUUGCGCACCGAUCAAAUGCGUGUAUCCGCUGAACUUGUAAUUCGACCUUUAUUUGGCAAUAACAUACGAUUUGAACCACGCAAAUUUGGGGAUUACGUGCAAAUUGCAUAGGCGUGAUAUUUCAGUUUGACUCCAGUCGAAUACCCAACGAAAUAUUACCUAUUUCAUGCAUUUAAUGUUUAUUGCUGGUAUAAGUAAAAAGUUUGUGGUCAUCAUAAUCUUGCCCUCUCUACUCUAUUUCGUAUCAUUUUGUACUGUGGAUUUCCUCUAAAUGUUUUAUACCGAUUUUGUAAAUAAUAUCACUACUUAAAUGCAUUCACUAUACUCGAAAUCAUUAGAACUAGACUAAAUUAUUGUCUAGUUUGUAAAGCAUAUCUUGCCUUCUGUUUAAAGUUGGCCCUUACUAGAAAGCUUUACUGUAAUUUUUG